UGCCCUGUACGCAGCCAUUCUCCACAGUCCGAAGUUACGACCACACAGCAAAGAGAGAGAGAGAGAGAGACAAAAAGUGAGAGGGAGGGAGGAAGAGAGAAGAAGAAAAGAAAAGUCAUUGAAGGCAAAGAAAGUAAAAAAAAAGACAUCAUUAGACGGUUGGGACAGAAAACUUUCGGCCGCUGUGGCAGAAAGGCAUGAGCAACGGAGGAUGCUCAUGCCACGGUAUUAAACCUUUUUGGAAGCAGAGAACUGCUCCCAGAAACAGAAGAGAGGUGUAGCAGUGGAGGGUAUCCGGUAGUGCUUCAGCACCCGGGAGAGAGACUAGGGCUGAUACAAUCCAGUCCAGAGGAGAACUCAAGGGGAACCAGUGGAGAGCUCAAGGAUUUGAAAUGGCUGAUGAAGAAGACACAAGAGAAGUGCUCUUCCCUCAGUGGAUGGGCCCUGAUAAACAUGGGCUUACAAUAGAGCAAAAGGGUCAUGGAGAGAUUUUUGUCAAAGAAGUGAAAGAAGAAUCCCCUGCUGCUCAUACCGGGAGAGUAUUUGAAGGUGAUCAAAUUGUUGGUGCCACAAUCUACUUUGAGAAUAUGAGCUCAGAAGAAACAGCAGAGUUAUUGAAGAACCUUAACAAACAUAAAGUUGGACUAAAGCUACAGCACAAGACAGGAGACAAAUCACCUUGUCGCUCCCCCAUGGGCACACUGUCAUGGGAAGGACGAAGUGGAUUUGGAGAUUCUAGUCCUGAUAUCAUUCUGAGUGGGGACGACGAGGAGUACAGGAGAAUCUACACAAAGAAAAUUAAGCCUAGACUGAAGUCUGAGGACCUUGCAGAGGGAGUUGAUGUACGUACAGAACGUCACAGCAGCACGAGCAGUGAUGGCAGCACCAUUACAACCAUUACCCGCCGUAUCACUACCUACACUGUGGACAUUCCGGGGGGAGCUGGCCAGCAACAGAUUGAUAUUUCAAGCCCAGAAUUCAAAGUUAAUGUUUCAGAAGGGAGCUCUGCUCAAAUUAAACUGCCUCAUGGUAACAUAAUAAGCAGGGUCAGUGGGCAAGAGGGUUUAGAUCUUGGAGAAGGUAGAUUAAAAGAUUCAGAGGGGUCCUCUGAGAAGCACUGGAGUACAGCACAUGUCAAAACAUCAAUUACAACAAAAGGAACAGAAGGAAGUGGGAAGGAUUUGAGAUUUAAUAUAUAUGACCCUGGACUGUCAGCAGCAAAAACACAUGGGGCAGAAGGGUCUUCUGAAAGGAUUCAGCAUGAUAAUAGUGUAAGAGGCAAAGAUGCACCCACACCAGACACAAACACAGGUUAUGCUGAUCUCUCAGUGACACUUGGCCUAGGGGCAGAUAAGGAUCGGGUAAGCAAUAGUGAUCAAAUGCUAAAAAUAAAACGUGAAGUUACUAUUUCAGGCACAGAAGCUGAAAAGGAUAUUAAAGCACCCAAAUUGGACAUUAUAGGUCCAGAGAGGUCAGAAGGUGGAGUUAAUGUGUCAAAAAUAAAAGUGGCAUCAUUUGAAAUUAAGGGUCCAAAAGCUGAGAAGAGUGAUGCAGACAAAGGUUCUUCCAAAAGUGACAUUAAUAUAAAAGCUGCAAAAGUAGAAAUCAAGGCUCCUGGUGCUGCAGGACCGAAGGUGAAUUUGACAUCCACUUCGGGUUCAGAAAUGACCAAAGUGGAUGUUAAUAUUAAGGGCCCUAAAGUGAAAGGGGAAAUUGAUGGUACAGUACCAAAAAUCAAAGGGGACCUCAAAGUAGCGAACAUGGACAUCAGAGGUACAAAGGCUGAUACUGAGGGCCCUGACGGAGGACUCAAAAUGCCAAAAAUAAAAGUGCAGUCGUUUGAAAUUAAAGGUCCAAAAGUUGAAGGUCCUGAAGUAGAUGCAAGUCUUCCCAAAGGUGAAGUUAAAAUAAAAGGAACAUCCAUAGACAUCAAAGCAACAGAUGUUGACAUUGAGGGACCUGAUGGAAAAGUGAAGGGUGCAAAAUUCAAGAUGCCAUCCAUUUCUGGUCCAAAGAUCUCCAUGCCUGAAGUGGACGUCAACCUGAAGAGUCCUAACGUGAAAGGAGAAGUUGAUGCUUCAGUUCCAAAAGUUGAAGGGGAUAUCAAAGCACCUAAAUUGGAUACUAAAAGUCAAGACAUUGAUAUUGAGGGCCCUGAAGGAGGAAUCAAAAUGUCAUCAUUUGGUCUCAAAGGUCCAAAGAUUGAAGGGCCUGAAGUAGAUUUAAGUCUUCCUAAAGGACAGGCUGAUAUAAAAGGACCAUCCAUUGAUAUCAAGGCUCCUGAAGUGGAUAUUGAGGGACCUGACGGAAAAGUGAAGGGCCCAAAAUUCAAAAUGCCAUCCAUUUCUGGUCCAAAGAUUUCCAUGCCUCACAUGGAUUUGAACCUUAAGGGUCUGGAGCUGAAAGGAGAAGUGGAUGCUUCAGUUCCCAACCUUGAAGGGGAUAUCAAGGCACCAAAAGUAGAAAUUGAAGGCCCAAAUAUUGAUAUUGAAGGUCCAGAAGGAGGAUUUAAAAUGCCAAAAAUUAAAAUGUCAUCAUUUGGUCUCAAAGGUCCAAAGAUUGAAGGGCCUGAUGUAGAUGUAAGUCUUCCCAAAGGGGAACUUGAUAUAAAAGCACCAUCCAUCGAUAUCAAGGCACCUGAAGUGGACAUUGAGGGAGCUGAGGGAAAAGUGAAGGGUCCAAAAUUCAAAAUGCCAUCCAUUUCGGGUACAAAGAUCUCCAUGCCUGACGUGGAUUUGAACUAUAAGGUUCCUAAGGUGAAAGGAGAAAUUGAUGCUUCAGUUCCAAAAGUUGAAGGGGAUAUCAAAGCACCUAAAGUGGACAUCAAACAUCCAGACAUUGACACUGAAUGUCCAGAAGGAGGAUUUAAAAUACCAAAAAUCAAAAUGCCAUCGUUUGGUUUUAAGGGUCCGAAGGUUGAAGGUCCUGAUGUUGAUCUAAGUCUGCCCAAAGGUGAAGUUGAUAUCAAAGCACCAUCCAUAGAUAUCAAGGCACCUGAAGUGGAUAUUGAGGGACCUGAGGGAAAAGUGAAGGGUCCAAAAUUCAAGAUGCCAUCCAUUUCUGGUCCAAAGCUCUCCAUGCCUGAUGUGGACGUUAAACUGAAAGGUCCUAAUUUGAAAGGAGAUGUUGAUGCUUCAGUACCUAAACUUGAAGGGGAUUUAGAAGCACCUAAAGUGGACAUCAAAGGUCCAGACAUUGACAUUGAAGGUCCAGAAGAAGGAUUUAAAAUGCCAAAAAUCAAAAUCCCAUCAUUUGGUUUUAAGGGUCCAAAGGUUGAAGGUCCUGAUGUUGAUCUAAGUCUGCCCAAAGGUGAAGUUGAUAUCAAAGCACCAUCCAUAGAUAUCAAGGCACCUGAAGUGGAUAUUGAGGGACCUGAGGGAAAAGUGAAGGGUGCAAAAUUCAAGAUGCCAUCCAUUUCUGGUCCAAAGCUCUCCAUGCCUGAUGUGGACUUUAAACUGAAGGGUCCUAAUUUGAAAGGAGAUGUUGAUGCUUCAGUACCUAAAUUUGAAGGGGAUUUAGAAGCACCUAAAAUGGACAUCAAAGGUCCAGACAUUGACAUUGAAGAUCCUGAAGGAGGAUUUAAAAUGCCAAAAAUCAAAAUGCCAUCGUUUGGUUUUAAGGGUCCGAAGGUUGAAGGUCCUGAUGUUGAUCUAAGUCUGCCCAAAGGUGAGGUUGAUAUCAAAGCACCAUCCAUAGAUAUCAAGGCACCUGAAGUGGAUAUUGAGGGACCUGAGGGAAAAGUGAAGGGUCCAAAAUUCAAGAUGCCAUCCAUUUCUGGUCCAAAGCUCUCCAUGCCUGAUGUGGACGUUAAACUGAAGGGUCCUAAUUUGAAAGGAGAUAUUGAUGCUUCAGUUCCAAAAGUUGAAGGGGAUAUCAAAGCACCUAAAGUGGACAUCAAAGGUCCAGACAUUGAUAUUGAAUGUCCCGAAGGAGGAUUUAAUAUGCCCAAAAUUAAAAUGCCAUCAUUCGGUUUUAAGGGUCAGAAGGUUGAAGGUCCUGAUGUUGAUCUAAGUCUGCCCAAAGGUGAAGUUGAUAUCAAAGCACCAUCCAUAGAUAUCAAGGCACCUGAAGUGGAUAUUGAGGGACCUGAGGGAAAAGUGAAGGGUCCAAAAUUCAAGAUGCCAUCCAUUUCUGGCCCAAAGCUCUCCAUGCCUGAUGUGGACUUCAAACUAAAGGGUCCUAAUUUGAAAGGAGAUGUUGAUGCUUCAGUACCUAAACUUGAAGGGGAUUUAGAAGCACCUAAAGUGGACAUCAAAGGUCCAGACAUUGAUAUUGAAUGUCCUGAAGGAGGAUUUAAAAUGCCCAAAAUUAAAAUGCCAUCAUUCGGUUUUAAGGGUCCGAAGGUUGAAGGUCCUGAUGUUGAUCUAAGUCUGCACAAAGGUGAAGUUGAUAUCAAAGCACCAUCCAUAGAUAUCAAGGCACCUGAAGUGGAUAUUGAGGGACCUGAGGGAAAAGUGAAGGGUCCGAAAUUCAAGAUGCCAUCCAUUUCUGGUCCAAAGCUCUCCAUGCCUGAUGUGGACUUUAAACUGAAGGGUCCUAAUUUGAAAGGAGAUGUUGAUGCUUCAGUACCUAAACUUGAAGGGGAUUUAGAAGCACCUAAAGUGGACAUCAAAGGUCCAGACAUUGACAUUGAAGGUCCAGAAGAAGGAUUUAAAAUGCCAAAAAUCAAAAUACCAUCAUUUGGUUUUAAGGGUCCAAAGGUUGAAGGUCCUGAUGUUGAUCUAAGUCUGCCCAAAGGUGAAGUUGAUAUCAAAGCACCAUCCAUAGAUAUCAAAGCACCUGAAGUGGAUUUUGACGGACCUGAGGGAAAAGUGAAGGGUCCAAAAUUCAAGAUGCCAUCCAUUUCUGGCCCAAAGCUCUCCAUGCCUGAUGUGGACUUCAAACUGAAAGGUCCUAAUUUGAAAGGAGAUGUUGAUGCUUCAGUUCCAAAAGUUGAAGGGGAUAUCAAAGCACCUAAAGUGGACAUCAAAGGUCCAGACAUUGAUAUUGAAUGUCCUGAAGGAGGAUUUAAAAUGCCCAAAAUUAAAAUGCCAUCAUUUGGUUUUAAGGGUCCGAAGAUUGAAGGUCCUGAUGUUGAUCUAAGUCUGCCCAAAGGUGAAGUUGAUAUCAAAGCACCAUCCAUAGAUAUCAAGGCACCUGAAGUGGAUAUUGAGGGACCUGAGGGAAAAGUGAAGGGUCCAAAAUUCAAGAUGCCAUCCAUUUCUGGUCCAAAGCUCUCCAUGCCUGAUGUGGACUUUAAACUGAAGGGUCCUAAUUUGAAAGGAGAUGUUGAUGCUUCAGUACCUAAACUUGAAGGGGAUUUAGAAGCACCUAAAGUGGACAUCAAAGGUCCAGACAUUGACAUUGAAGGUCCAGAAGAAGGAUUUAAAAUGCCAAAAAUCAAAAUGCCAUCAUUUGGUUUUAAGGGUCCGAAGGUUGAAGGUCCUGAUGUUGAUCUAAGUCUGCCCAAAGGUGAAGUUGAUAUCAAAGCACCAUCCAUAGAUAUCAAGGCACCUGAAGUGGAUAUUGAGGGACCUGAGGGAAAAGUGAAGGGUCCAAAAUUCAAGAUGCCAUCCAUUUCUGGUCCAAAGCUCUCCAUGCCUGAUGUGGACUUCAAACUGAAGGGUCCUAAUUUGAAAGGAGAUAUUGAUGCUUCAGUUCCAAAAGUUGAAGGGGAUAUCAAAGCACCUAAAGUGGACAUCAAAAGUCCAGACAUUGACAUUGAAGGUCCAGAAGAAGGAUUUAAAAUGCCCAAAAUCAAAAUGCCAUCAUUUGGUUUUAAGGGUCCGAAGGUUGAAGGUCCUGAUGUUGAUCUAAGUCUGCCCAAAGGUGAAGUUGAUAUCAAAGCACCAUCCAUAGAUAUCAAGGCACCUGAAGUGGAUAUUGAGGGACCUGAGGGAAAAGUGAAGGGUCCAAAAUUCAAGAUGCCAUCCAUUUCUGGUCCAAAGCUCUCCAUGCCUGAUGUGGACUUCAGACUGAAGGGUCCUAAUUUGAAAGGAGAUGUUGAUGCUUCAGUACCUAAACUUGAAGGGGAUUUACAAGCACCUAAAGUGGACAUCAAAGGUCCAGACAUUGACAUUGAAGGUCCAGAAGAUGGAUUUAAAAUGCCAAAACUCAAAAUGCCAUCGUUUGGUUUUAAGGGUCCGAAGGUUGAAGGUCCUGAUGUUGAUCUAAGUCUGCCCAAAGGUGAAGUUGAUAUCAAAGCACCAUCCAUAGAUAUCAAGGCACCUGAAGUGGAUAUUGAGGGACCUGAGGGAAAAGUGAAGGGUCCAAAAUUCAAGAUGCCAUCCAUUUCUGGCCCAAAGCUCUCCAUGCCGGAUGUGGACUUCAAACUGAAGGGUCCUAAUUUGAAAGGAGAUAUUGAUGCUUCAGUUCCAAAAGUUGAAGGGGAUAUCAAAGCACCUAAAGUGGAUAUCAAAGGUCCAGACAUUGAUAUUGAAUGUCCUGAAGGAGGAUUUAAAAUGCCCAAAAUUAAAAUGCCAUCAUUCGGUUUUAAGGGUCCGAAGGUUGAAGGUCCUGAUGUUGACCUAAGUCUGCCCAAAGGUGAAGUUGAUAUCAAAGCACCAUCCAUAGAUAUCAAGGCACCUGAAGUGGAUAUUGAGGGACCUGAGGGAAAAGUGAAGGGUCCAAAAUUCAAGAUGCCAUCUAUUUCUGGCCCAAAGCUCUCCAUGCCUGAUGUAGACUUCAAACUGAAGGGUCCUAAUUUGAAAGGAGAUAUUGAUGCUUCAGUUCCAAAAGUUGAAGGGGAUAUCAAAGCACCUAAAGUGGAUAUCAAAGAUCCAGACAUUGAUAUUGAAUGUCCUGAAGGAGGAUUUAAAAUGCCCAAAAUUAAAAUGCCAUCAUUUGGUUUUAAGGGUCCGAAGGUUGAAGGUCCUGAUGUUGACCUAAGUCUGCCCAAAGGUGAAGUUGAUAUCAAAGCACCAUCCAUAGAUAUCAAGGCACCUGAAGUGGAUAUUGAGGGACCUGAGGGAAAAGUGAAGGGUCCAAAAUUCAAGAUGCCAUCCAUUUCUGGCCCAAAGCUCUCCAUGCCUGAUGUGGACUUCAAACUGAAGGGUCCUAAUUUGAAAGGAGAUAUUGAUGCUUCAGUUCCUAAACUUGAAGGGGAUAUCAAAGCACCUAAAGUGGACAUCAAAGGUCCAGACAUUGAUAUUGAAUGUCCUGAAGGAGGAUUUAAAAUGCCCAAAAUUAAAAUGCCAUCAUUCGGUUUUAAGGGUCCGAAGGUUGAAGGCCCUGAUGUUGAUCUAAGUCUGCCCAAAGGUGAAGUUGAUAUCAAAGCACCAUCCAUAGAUAUCAAGGCACCUGAAGUGGAUAUUGAGGGACCUGAGGGAAAAGUGAAGGGUCCAAAAUUCAAGAUGCCAUCCAUUUCUGGUCCAAAGCUCUCCAUGCCUGAUGUGGACUUUAAACUGAAGGGUCCUAAUUUGAAAGGAGAUGUUGAUGCUUCAGUACCUAAACUUGAAGGGGAUUUAGAAGCACCUAAAGUGGACAUCAAAGGUCCAGACAUUGACAUUGAAAGUCCAGAAGAAGGAUUUAAAAUGCCAAAAAUCAAAAUGCCAUCAUUUGGUUUUAAGGGUCCGAAGGUUGAAGGUCCUGAUGUUGAUCUAAGUCUGCCCAAAGGUGAAGUUGAUAUCAAAGCACCAUCCAUAGAUAUCAAGGCACCUGAAGUGGAUAUUGAGGGACCUGAGGGAAAAGUGAAGGGUCCAAAAUUCAAGAUGCCAUCCAUUUCUGGCCCAAAGCUCUCCAUGCCUGAUGUGGACUUCAAACUGAAGGGUCCUAAUCUGAAAGGAGAUAUUGAUGCUUCAGUUCCAACAGUUGAAGGGGAUAUCAAAGCACCUAAAGUGGAUAUCAAAGGUCCAGACAUUGAUAUUGAAUGUCCUGAAGGAGGAUUUAAAAUGCCCAAAAUUAAAAUGCCAUCAUUUGGUUUUAAGGGUCCGAAGGUUGAAGGUCCUGAUGUUGACCUAAGUCUGCCCAAAGGUGAAGUUGAUAUCAAAGCACCAUCCAUAGAUAUCAAGGCACCUGAAGUGGAUAUUGAGGGACCUGAGGGAAAAGUGAAGGGUCCAAAAUUCAAGAUGCCAUCCAUUUCUGGUCCAAAGCUCUCCAUGCCUGAUGUGGACUUUAAACUGAAGGGUCCUAAUUUGAAAGGAGAUGUUGAUGCUUCAGUACCUAAACUUGAAGGGGAUUUAGAAGCACCUAAAGUGGACAUCAAAGGUCCAGACAUUGACAUUGAAGGUCCAGACGAAGGAUUUAAAAUGCCAAAAAUCAAAAUGCCAUCGUUUGGUUUUAAGGGUCCGAAGGUUGAAGGUCCUGAUGUUGAUCUAAGUCUGCCCAAAGGUGAAGUUGAUAUCAAAGCACCAUCCAUAGAUAUCAAGGCACCUGAAGUGGAUAUUGAGGGACCUGAGGGAAAAGUGAAGGGUCCAAAAUUCAAGAUGCCAUCCAUUUCUGGCCCAAAGCUCUCCAUGCCUGAUGUGGACUUCAAACUGAAGGGUCCUAAUCUGAAAGGAGAUAUUGAUGCUUCAGUUCCAAAAGUUGAAGGGGAUAUCAAAGCACCUAAAGUGGAUAUCAAAGGUCCAGACAUUGAUAUUGAAUGUCCUGAAGGAGGAUUUAAAAUGCCAAAAAUCAAAAUGCCAUCAUUUGGUUUUAAGGGUCCGAAGGUUGAAGGUCCUGAUGUUGACCUAAGUCUGCCCAAAGGUGAAGUUGAUAUCAAAGCACCAUCCAUAGAUAUCAAGGCACCUGAAGUGGAUAUUGAGGGACCUGAGGGAAAAGUGAAGGGUCCAAAAUUCAAGAUGCCAUCCAUUUCUGGUCCAAAGCUCUCCAUGCCUGAUGUGGACUUUAAACUGAAGGGUCCUAAUUUGAAAGGAGAUGUUGAUGCUUCAGUACCUAAACUUGAAGGGGAUUUAGAAGCACCUAAAGUGGACAUCAAAGGUCCAGACAUUGACAUUGAAGGUCCAGACGAAGGAUUUAAAAUGCCAAAAAUCAAAAUGCCAUCGUUUGGUUUUAAGGGUCCGAAGGUUGAAGGUCCUGAUGUUGAUCUAAGUCUGCCCAAAGGUGAAGUUGAUAUCAAAGCACCAUCCAUAGAUAUCAAGGCACCUGAAGUGGAUAUUGAGGGACCUGAGGGAAAAGUGAAGGGUCCAAAAUUCAAGAUGCCAUCUAUUUCUGGCCCAAAGCUCUCCAUGCCUGAUGUGGACUUCAAACUGAAGGGUCCUAAUUUGAAAGGAGAUAUUGAUGCUUCAGUUCCAAAAGUUGAAGGGGAUAUCAAAGCACCUAAAGUGGAUAUCAAAGGUCCAGACAUUGAUAUUGAAUGUCCUGAAGGAGGAUUUAAAAUGCCCAAAAUUAAAAUGCCAUCAUUCGGUUUUAAGGGUCCGAAGGUUGAAGGUCCUGAUGUUGACCUAAGUCUGCCCAAAGGUGAAGUUGAUAUCAAAGCACCAUCCAUAGAUAUCAAGGCACCUGAAGUGGAUAUUGAGGGACCUGAGGGAAAAGUGAAGGGUCCAAAAUUCAAGAUGCCAUCUAUUUCUGGCCCAAAGCUCUCCAUGCCUGAUGUGGACUUCAAACUGAAGGGUCCUAAUUUGAAAGGAGAUGUUGAUGCUUCAAUACCUAAACUUGAAGGGGAUUUAGAAGCACCUAAAGUGGACAUCAAAGGUCCAGACAUUGACAUUGAAGGUCCAGAAGAAGGAUUUAAAAUGCCAAAAAUCAAAAUGCCAUCGUUUGGUUUUAAGGGUCCGAAGGUUGAAGGUCCUGAUGUUGAUCUAAGUCUGCCCAAAGGUGAAGUUGAUAUCAAAGCACCAUCCAUAGAUAUCAAGGCACCUGAAGUGGAUAUUGAGGGACCUGAGGGAAAAGUGAAGGGUCCAAAAUUCAAGAUGCCAUCCAUUUCUGGCCCAAAGCUCUCCAUGCCUGAUGUGGACUUCAAACUGAAGGGUCCUAAUUUGAAAGGAGAUAUUGAUGCUUCAGUUCCAAAAGUUGAAGGGGAUAUCAAAGCACCUAAAGUGGAUAUCAAAGGUCCAGACAUUGAUAUUGAAUGUCCUGAAGGAGGAUUUAAAAUGCCCAAAAUUAAAAUGCCAUCAUUUGGUUUUAAGGGUCCGAAGGUUGAAGGUCCUGAUGUUGACCUAAGUCUGCCCAAAGGUGAAGUUGAUAUCAAAGCACCAUCCAUAGAUAUCAAGGCACCUGAAGUGGAUAUUGAGGGACCUGAGGGAAAAGUGAAGGGUCCAAAAUUCAAGAUGCCAUCCAUUUCUGGUCCAAAGCUCUCCAUGCCUGAUGUGGACUUUAAACUGAAGGGUCCUAAUUUGAAACGAGAUGUUGAUGCUUCAGUACCUAAACUUGAAGGGGAUUUAGAAGCACCUAAAGUGGACAUCAAAGGUCCAGACCUUGACAUUGAAGGUCCAGACGAAGGAUUUAAAAUGCCAAAAAUCAAAAUGCCAUCGUUUGGUUUUAAGGGUCCGAAGGUUGAAGGUCCUGAUGUUGAUCUAAGUCUGCCCAAAGGUGAAGUUGAUAUCAAAGCACCAUCCAUAGAUAUCAAGGCACCUGAAGUGGAUAUUGAGGGACCUGAGGGAAAAGUGAAGGGUCCAAAAUUCAAGAUGCCAUCUAUUUCUGGCCCAAAGCUCUCCAUGCCUGAUGUGGACUUCAAACUGAAGGGUCCUAAUUUGAAAGGAGAUAUUGAUGCUUCAGUUCCAAAAGUUGAAGGGGAUAUCAAAGCACCUAAAGUGGAUAUCAAAGGUCCAGACAUUGAUAUUGAAUGUCCUGAAGGAGGAUUUAAAAUGCCCAAAAUUAAAAUGCCAUCAUUCGGUUUUAAGGGUCCGAAGGUUGAAGGUCCUGAUGUUGAUCUAAGUCUGCCCAAAGGUGAAAUUGAUAUCAAAGCACCAUCCAUAGAUAUCAAGGCACCUGAAGUGGAUAUUGAGGGACCUGAGGGAAAAGUGAAGGGUCCAAAAUUCAAGAUGCCAUCCAUUUCUGGCCCAAAGCUCUCCAUGCCUGAUGUGGACUUCAAACUGAAGGGUCCUAAUUUGAAAGGAGAUAUUGAUGCUUCAGUUCCAAAACUUGAAGGGGAUAUCAAAGCACCUGAAGUGGACAUCAAAGGUCCAGACAUUGAUAUUGAAUGUCCUGAAGGAGGAUUUAAAAUGCCCAAAAUUAAAAUGCCAUCAUUCGGUUUUAAGGGUCCGAAGGUUGAAGGCCCUGAUGUUGAUCUAAGUCUGCCCAAAGGUGAAGUUGAUAUCAAAGCACCAUCCAUAGAUAUCAAGGCACCUGAAGUGGAUAUUGAGGGACCUGAGGGAAAAGUGAAGGGUCCAAAAUUCAAGAUGCCAUCCAUUUCUGGUCCAAAGCUCUCCAUGCCUGAUGUGGACUUUAAACUGAAGGGUCCUAAUUUGAAAGGAGAUGUUGAUGCUUCAGUACCUAAACUUGCAGGGGAUUUACAAGCACCUAAAGUGGACAUCAGAGGUCCAGACAUUGACAUUGAAGGUCCAGAAGAUGGAUUUAAAAUGCCAAAAAUCAAAAUGCCAUCGUUUGGUUUUAAGGGUCCGAAGGUUGAAGGUCCUGAUGUUGAUCUAAGUCUGCCCAAAGGUGAAGUUGAUAUCAAAGCACCAUCCAUAGAUAUCAAGGCACCUGAAGUGGAUAUUGAGGGACCUGAGGGAAAAUUGAAGGGUCCAAAAUUCAAGAUGCCAUCCAUUUCUGGCCCAAAGCUCUCCAUGCCUGAUGUGGACUUCAAACUGAAGGGUCCUAAUUUGAAAGGAGAUAUUGAUGCUUCAGUUCCAAAACUUGAAGGGGAUAUCAAAGCACCUGAAGUGGACAUCAAAGGUCCAGACAUUGAUAUUGAAUGUCCUGAAGGAGGAUUUAAAAUGCCCAAAAUUAAAAUGCCAUCAUUCGGUUUUAAGGGUCCGAAGGUUGAAGGCCCUGAUGUUGAUCUAAGUCUGCCCAAAGGUGAAGUUGAUAUCAAAGCACCAUCCAUAGAUAUCAAGGCACCUGAAGUGGAUAUUGAGGGACCUGAGGGAAAAGUGAAGGGUCCAAAAUUCAAGAUGCCAUCUAUUUCUGGCCCAAAGCUCUCCAUGCCUGAUGUGGACUUCAAACUGAAGGGUCCUAAUUUGAAAGGAGAUAUUGAUGCUUCAGUUCCAAAAGUUGAAGGGGAUAUCAAAGCACCUAAAGUGGACAUCAAAGGUCCAGACAUUGACAUUGAAGGUCCAGAAGAAGGAUUUAAAAUGCCCAAAAUCAAAAUGCCAUCAUUUGGUUUUAAGGGUCCGAAGGUUGAAGGUCCUGAUGUUGAUCUAAGUCUGCCCAAAGGUGAAGUUGAUAUCAAAGCACCAUCCAUAGAUAUCAAGGCACCUGAAGUGGAUAUUGAGGGACCUGAGGGAAAAGUGAAGGGUCCAAAAUUCAAGAUGCCAUCCAUUUCUGGUCCAAAGCUCUCCAUGCCUGAUGUGGACUUCAAACUGAAGGGUCCUAAUUUGAAAGGAGAUAUUGAUGCUUCAGUUCCAAAAGUUGAAGGGGAUAUCAAAGGACCUGAAGUGGACAUCAAAGGUCCAGACAUUGAUAUUGAAUGUCCUGAAGGUGGACUCAAAAUGCCAAAAAUCAAAAUGCCAUCAUUUGGAUUGAAGGGCCCAAAAGUUGAAGGUUCUGAUAUUGAUUUAAGUCUUCCAAAAGGUGAUAUUGACAUCAAGGGACCAGCCUUAGAUAUCAAUGCACCAGCUGUUCAUAUUCAUGGACCUGAGGGAAAAAUGAAGGGUCCGAAAGUUGAAAUAGAAUCAACCAAAAUGGAUCUUGAUGUUUCAGGACCUUCACUCAAGAAAUCUAAGUUCAAAAUGCCAAAAUUUGGUUUGAAAGGGCCCAAGAUUGAAGGACCAGAUGUUGAUGUUAAAGUUCCAAAAGCUGAUGUCACUGUGGAAGCUAAAAGUCCUGAGGGUGGUUUUAAGUUGCCAAAAUUCAAAAUGCCAAAAUUUGGUUUUAAAUCUCCGAAAGCUGAUAUGCCAAGUAUGGGUGAAUCAGAUAUAAAUGUUAAUGUCAAAAGUCCAUCUGUUGACAUCGAGGUUCCUGAAGAAAAAAUCAAAGGUCCAAAAUUCAAAAUGCCAGCUGUUUCAGGGCCAAAUAUUUCUUUGCCUGAUGUGGACUUCCAUCUUAAAGGCCCUAAACUAAAAGGAGAUGUUGAUAUCUCAGUUCCCAAGAUUGAAGGUGACAUUAAAGCACCAAAAGUUGAAAUUGCAGGCCCAGAUGUGGAUGUUGAAGGACCAGAGGGUGGUUUGAAGAUGCCAAAAAUCAAAAUGCCAUCAUUUGGGCUCAAAGGGCCAAAGGUUGAGGGCCCUGAUAUUGACAUAAAUGUACCAAAGACAGAUAUUGAUGUCAAAGGCCCAAACAUUGACAUCCAAAGUCCGGACAUUGAUGUUGAAGGGCCAGAAGGAAAACUCAAAGGUCCCAAGUUCAAAAUGCCAACUCUAUCGGGUCCAAAGCUCUCAAUGCCUGAUGUGGACUUUCAUCUUAAAGGCCCAAAAGUAAAAGGAGAUGUUGAUAUCUCAGUUCCCAAGAUUGAAGGUGAUAUUAAAGCACCAGAAGUUGAAAUUGAAGGACCAGAUCUGGAUGUUGAAGGACCAGGAGGUGGGUUGAAGAUGCCAAAAAUCAAAAUGCCAUCAUUUGGGCUCAAAGGGCCAAAAGUUGAGGGCCCUGAUAUUGAUGCAAAUCUGUCAAAACCAGAUAUUGAUGCCAAAGGUCCUAAGAUUGACCUCCAAAUCCCAGAUAUUGACAUUGAAGGACCGGAAGGCAAAAUCAAAGGUCCCAAGUUCAAAAUGCCAACUAUAUCAGGUCCAAAGCUCUCAAUGCCUGAUGUGGACUUUCAUCUUAAAGGCCCUAAAUUAAAAGGAGAUGUUGAUAUCUCAGUUCCCAAAACUGAAGGUGACAUUAAAGCACCAAAAGUUGAAAUUGCAGGCCCAGAUGUGAAUGUUGAAGGACCAGAGGGUGGUCUGAAGAUGCCAAAAAUCAAAAUGCCAUCAUUUGGGCUCAAAGGGCCAAAGGUUGAGGGCCCUGAUAUUGACAUAAAUGUACCAAAGACAGAUAUUGAUGUCAAAGGCCCAAACAUUGACAUCCAAAGUCCGGACAUUGACAUUGAAGGACCGGAAGGCAAAAUCAAAGGUCCCAAGUUCAAAAUGCCAACCAUAUCUGGUCCAAAGAUCUCAAUGCCUGAUGUGGACUUUCAUCUUAAAGGCCCAAAAGUAAAAGGAGAUGUUGAUAUCUCAGUUCCCAAGAUUGAAGGUGAUAUUAAAGCACCAGAAGUUGAAAUUGAAGGACCAGAUCUGGAUGUUGAAGGACCAGGAGGUGGGUUGAAGAUGCCAAAAAUCAAAAUGCCAUCAUUUGGGCUCAAAGGGCCAAAAGUUGAGGGCCCUGAUAUUGAUGCAAAUCUGUCAAAGCCAGAUAUUGAUGUCAAAGGCCCUAAGAUUGACCUCCAAAGCCCAGAUAUUGACAUUGAAGGACCGGAAGGCAAAAUCAAAGGUCCCAAGUUCAAAAUGCCAACUAUAUCAGGUCCAAAGCUCUCAAUGCCUGAUGUGGACUUUCAUCUUAAAGGCCCUAAAUUAAAAGGAGAUGUUGAUAUCUCAGUUCCCAAAACUGAAGGUGACAUUAAAGCACCAAAAGUUGAAAUUUCAGGCCCAGAUGUGGAUGUUGAAGGACCAGAGGGUGGUCUGAAGAUGCCAAAAAUCAAAAUGCCAUCAUUUGGGCUCAAAGGGCCAAAGGUUGAGGGCCCUGAUAUUGACAUAAAAGUACCAAAGACAGAUAUUGAUGUCAAAGGCCCAAAAAUUGACAUCCAAAGUCCGGACAUUGACAUUGAAGGACCGGAAGGCAAAAUCAAAGGUCCCAAGUUCAAAAUGCCAACCAUAUCUGGCCCAAAGAUCUCAAUGCCUGAUGUGGAUUUAAACCUGAAAGGACAUAAAAUAAAGGGUGAUAUGGAUAUGUCUGUUCCCAAGAUUGAAGGUGACAUUAAAGCACCAAGAGUAGACAUUGAAGGACCCGAGUUUGAUGUAGAAGGCACAGGAGGAGGCUUUAAGAUGCCCAAAUUUAAAAUGCCAUCAUUUGGGCUCAAAGGGCCAAAGGUUGAGGGCCCUGACAUUGAUUUAAAUUUACCAAAGACAGAUAUGGAUGUCAAAGGCCCCAAGAUUGACAUUCAAAGUCCAGAUAUUGACAUUGAAGGACCAGAAGGGAAAAUCAAAGGGCCCAAAUUCAAAAUGCCAACCAUAUCUGGUCCAAAGAUCUCAAUGCCUGAUGUGGAUUUAAACCUGAAAGGACCUAAAAUAAAGGGGGAUAUGGAUGUGUCUGUUCCCAAGAUUGGAGGUGACAUUAAAGGACCGAAAGUAGACAUUGAGGGUCCGGAGUUUGAUGUAGAAGGCACAGCAGGAGGUUUCAAGAUGCCAAAAAUCAAAAUGCCAUCAUUUGGGGUUAAAGGUCCAAAAGUUGAAGGCCCUGACAUUGAUGCAAGUCUACCACAAUCAGAUAUUGAUAUCAGUGGCCCAAACAUUGACAUCAAAAGCCCAGAUAUUGAUGUUGGAGGACCAGAAGGAAAAAUCAAAGGGCCCAAGUUCAAAAUGCCAACCAUAUCUGGCCCAAAGAUCUCAAUGCCUGAUGUGGAUUUAAACCUGAAAGGACAUAAAAUAAAGGGUGAUAUGGAUGUGUCUGUUCCCAAGAUUGAAGGUGAAAUUAAAGCACCAAGAGUAGACAUUGAAGGACCCGAGUUUGAUGUAGAAGGCACAGGAGGAGGCUUUAAGAUGCCCAAAUUUAAAAUGCCAUCAUUUGGGCUCAAAGGGCCAAAAGUUGAGGGCCCUGACAUUGAUUUAAAUUUACCAAAGACAGAUAUGGAUGUCAAAGGCCCCAAGAUUGACAUUCAAAGCCCAGAUAUUGACAUUGAAGGACCAGAAGGGAAAAUCAAAGGGCCCAAAUUCAAAAUGCCAACCAUAUCAGGUCCAAAGAUCUCAAUGCCUGAUGUGGAUUUAAACCUGAAAGGACCUAAAAUAAAGGGGGAUAUGGAUGUGUCUGUUCCCAAGAUUGAAGGUGACAUGAAAGGACCGAAAGUAGACAUUGAGGGUCCGGAGUUUGAUGUAGAAGGCACAGGAGGAGGUUUCAAGAUGCCAAAAAUCAAAAUGCCAUCAUUUGGGGUUAAAGGUCCAAAAGUUGAAGGCCCUGACAUUGAUGCAAGUCUACCACAAACAGAUAUUGAUGUCAAAGGCCCAAACAUUGACAUCAAAAGCCCAGAUAUUGAUGUUGAAGGACCAGAAGGAAAAAUCAAAGGGCCCAAGUUCAAAAUGCCAACCAUAUCUGGCCCAAAGAUCUCAAUGCCUGAUGUGGAUUUAAACCUGAAAGGACAUAAAAUAAAGGGUGAUAUGGAUGUGUCUGUUCCCAAGAUUGAAGGUGAAAUUAAAGCACCAAGAGUAGACAUUGAAGGACCCGAGUUUGAUGUAGAAGGCACAGGAGGAGGCUUUAAGAUGCCCAAAUUUAAAAUGCCAUCAUUUGGGCUCAAAGGGCCAAAAGUUGAGGGCCCUGACAUUGAUUUAAAUUUACCAAAGACAGAUAUGGAUGUCAAAGGCCCCAAGAUUGACAUUCAAAGUCCAGAUAUUGACAUUGAAGGACCAGAAGGGAAAAUCAAAGGGCCCAAAUUCAAAAUGCCAACCAUAUCUGGUCCAAAGAUCUCAAUGCCUGAUGUGGAUUUAAACCUGAAAGGACCUAAAAUAAAGGGGGAUAUGGAUGUGUCUGUUCCCAAGAUUGAAGGUGACAUUAAAGGACCGAAAUUAGACAUUGAGGGUCCAGAGUUUGAUGUAGAAGGCACAGGAGGAGGUUUCAAGAUGCCAAAAAUCAAAAUGCCAUCAUUUGGGGUUAAAGGUCCAAAAGUUGAGGGCCCUGACAUUGAUGCAAGUCUACCACAAACAGAUAUUGAUGUCAAAGGCCCAAACAUUGACAUCAAAAGCCCAGAUAUUGAUGUUGAAGGACCAGAAGGAAAAAUCAAAGGGCCCAAGUUCAAAAUGCCAACCAUAUCUGGCCCAAAGAUCUCAAUGCCUGAUGUGGAUUUAAACCUGAAAGGACAUAAAAUAAAGGGUGAUAUGGAUGUGUCUGUUCCCAAGAUUGAAGGUGAAAUUAAAGCACCAAGAGUAGACAUUGAAGGACCCGAGUUUGAUGUAGAAGGCACAGGAGGAGGCUUUAAGAUGCCCAAAUUUAAAAUGCCAUCAUUUGGGCUCAAAGGGCCAAAAGUUGAGGGCCCUGACAUUGAUUUAAAUUUACCAAAGACAGAUAUGGAUGUCAAAGGCCCCAAGAUUGACAUUCAAAGUCCAGGUAUUGAUGUUGAAGGACCAGAAGGAAAAAUCAAAGGGCCCAAGUUCAAAAUGCCAACCAUAUCUGGCCCAAAGAUCUCAAUGCCUGAUGUGGAUUUAAACCUGAAAGGACCGAAAAUAAAGGGUGAUAUGGAUGUGUCUGUUCCCAAGAUUGAAGGUGAAAUUAAAGCACCAAGAGUAGACAUUGAAGGACCCGAGUUUGAUGUAGAAGGCACAGGAGGAGGCUUUAAGAUGCCCAAAUUUAAAAUGCCAUCAUUUGGGCUCAAAGGGCCAAAAGUUGAGGGCCCUGACAUUGAUUUAAGUUUACCAAAGACAGAUAUGGAUGUCAAAGGCCCCAAGAUUGACAUCCAAAGUCCAGAUAUUGACAUUGAAGGACCAGAAGGGAAAAUCAAAGGGCCCAAAUUCAAAAUGCCAACCAUAUCUGGUCCAAAGAUCUCAAUGCCUGAUGUGGAUUUAAACCUGAAAGGACCUAAAAUAAAGGGUGAUAUGGAUGUGUCUGUUCCCAAGUUUGAAGGUGACAUUAAAGGACCGAAAGUAGACAUUGAGGGUCCAGAGUUUGAUGUAGAAGGCACAGGAGGAGGUUUCAAGAUGCCAAAAAUCAAAAUGCCAUCAUUUGGGGUUAAAGGUCCAAAAGUUGAGGGCCCUGACAUUGAUGCAAGUCUACCACAAACAGAUAUUGAUGUCAAAGGCCCAAACAUUGACAUCAAAAGCCCAGGUAUUGAUGUUGAAGGACCAGAAGGAAAAAUCAAAGGGCCCAAGUUCAAAAUGCCAACCAUAUCUGGCCCAAAGAUCUCAAUGCCUGAUGUGGAUUUAAACCUGAAAGGACCGAAAAUAAAGGGUGAUAUGGAUGUGUCUGUUCCCAAGAUUGAAGGUGACAUUAAAGCACCAAGAGUAGACAUUGAAGGACCUGAGUUUGAUGUAGAAGGCACAGGAGGAGGCUUUAAGAUGCCAAAAAUCAAAAUGCCAUCAUUUGGACUCAAAGGGCCCAAGAUUGAGGGCCCUGAUAUUGACCUAAAUUUACCAAAGACAGAUUUGGAUGUCAAAGGCCCCAAGAUUGACAUUCAAAGCCCAGAUAUUGACAUUGAAGGACCAGAAGGGAAAAUCAAAGGGCCGAAAUUCAAAAUGCCAACCAUAUCUGGUCCAAAUAUCUCAAUGCCUGAUGUGGAUUUCAAUCUGAAAGGACCUAAAAUAAAGGGGGAUAUGGAUGUGUCUGUGCCCAAGAUUGAAGGUGACGUUAAAGGACCGAAAGUAGACAUUGAGGGUCCGGAGUUUGAUGUAGAAGGUACAGGAGGAGGUUUCAAGAUGCCAAAAAUCAAAAUGCCAUCAUUUGGGGUUAAAGGUCCAAAAGUUGAAGGCCCUGAUAUUGAUGCAAGUCUACCACAAUCAGAUAUUGAUGUUAAAGGCCCUAAAAUUGAUAUCAAAAGCCCAGAUAUUGAUUUUGAAGGACCAGAAGGAAAAAUCAAAGGGCCCAAGUUCAAAAUGCCAACCAUAUCUGGUCCAAAAAUCUCAAUGCCUGAUGUGGAUUUAAACCUGAAAGCACCUAAAAUAAAGGGGGAUAUGGAUGUGUCUGUUCCCAAGAUUGAAGGUGACAUUAAAGGACCAAAAGUAGAUAUUGAAGGUCCAGAGUUUGAUGUAGAAGGCACAGGAGGAGGUUUCAAGAUGCCAAAACUCAAAAUGCCAUCUUUUGGGUUAAAAGGGCCAAAUGUUGAGGGCCCUGAUAUUGACAUAAAUGUACCAAAGACAGAUAUUGAUGUCAAAGGCCCCAAGAUUGACAUCCAAAGCCCAGAUAUUGACAUUGAAGGACCAGAAGGAAAAAUCAAAUCUCCCAAGUUCAAAAUGCCAACAAUAUCAGGUCCAAAGAUCUCAAUGCCUGAUAUGGACUUUAAAUUUAAAGGCCCUAAAGUAAAAGGGGAUGUUGAUAUCUCAGUUCCAAAGAUUGAAGGUGAUAUUAAAGCACCAAAAGCUGAAAUUGAAGGUCCUGAUUUGGAAGUAGAAGGACCAGGGGGAGGCUUCAAGAUGCCGAAAAUCAAAAUGCCAUCAUUUGGGGUUAAAGGGCCAAAAGUUGAGGGCCCUGAUAUUGAUGUAAAUCUGCCACCAUCAAAUAUUGAUGUUAAAGGCCCUAAGAUUGAUAUCAAAAGCUCAGAUAUUGAUAUUGAAGGGCCAGAAGGCAAAAUCAAAGGGCCCAAAUUCAAAAUGCCAACCAUAUCUGGUCCAAAGAUCUCGAUGCCUGAUGCGGAUUUAAACCUGAAAGGACCGAAAAUAAAGGGGGAUAUGGAUGUGUCUGUUCCCAAGAUUGAAGGUGACAUUAAAGGACCAAAAGUCGACAUUGAAGGUCCGGAGUUUGAUGUAGAAGGCACAGGAGGAGGUUUCAAGAUGCCAAAAAUCAAAAUGCCAUCAUUUGGGGUUAAAGGUCCAAAAGUUGAGGGCCCUGAUAUUGAUGUAAAUCUGCCAAAGCCUAAUAUUGAUGUCAAAGGCCCUAAGAUUGACAUCCAAAGCCCAGAUAUUGACAUUGAAGGGCCAGAAGGGAAAAUCAAAGGGCCCAAAUUCAAAAUGCCAACCAUAUCUGGUCCCAAUAUCUCAAUGCCUGAUGUGGAUUUUAAUCUGAAAGGACCUAAAAUAAAGGGGGAUAUGGAUGUGUCUGUUCCCAAGAUUGAAGGUGACAUUAAAGAACCAAAACUUGAAAUUGCAGGCCCAGAUUUGGACAUUGAAGGACCCGAGGGUGAUUUGAAGAUGCCGAAGAUCAAAAUGCCAACCAUAUCUGGUCCAAAGAUCUCAAUGCCUGAUAUGGACUUCAAUCUUAAAGGCCCUAAAAUAAAGGGGGAUGUCGGUGUGUCUGUUCCCAAGAUUGAAGGUGACAUUCAGGCACCCAAAGUUGAAAUUGAAAGACCUAAUGUCAGUAUAGAGGGAGCAGAAAGUUUUAAAAUCCCCAAAAUCAAAAUGCCAUCCUUUGGAAUUAAGGGGCCAGUGGUGGAGGGUGCUGAUGCUGAAGUAAAUGUUCCCAAAUUUGAUGUUGAUAUAAAAGGACCAACUGUGAAUAUCGAAGACCCUAAGAUUGGCAAGGGUCACAAAAUUGAUACCAGAUUUGAAGGACCUGAUGUGGACAUUAGUUUGAAGGAAAAGAAAGGUAAACUGAAAAUACCCAAGGUGAAAGGGAAGAUGAAAACUGAUAUUAAUGUUGACUCUAAUGUUGACUCUAAAACUGGCAAUGUUGAGCUAUCUGCAGACUCACCUGACUUGCAUCUCAAAGUACCUAAGCUCAAGAAGCCAUUUUUUGGAAAACUACAUUUUCCUGAUGUGGAAUUUGACAUCAAAUCUCCAAAGGUUAAAGGCAGUGGUUCAGUGUCUGGAAAUACAAAAUCCACUGAAUUUGAUUCAUCAUCUGGAAGCCUUAAAGCAGAUAUACCAGGCAUUGAUAUUCAGUCACCAAAUGCUAGCUUGGAGGGCCCAGACAUCAAAGAUAAAAAAUCCAAAAUCAAAAUGCCAAAGUUAAUCUCAGGAGCCAAGGUCAAGUCUGCUGAUGUUGACAUCAGUGUUCCAAAGUUACAAUCACCUGAAAUGAGUAUGAACCUGAGUGUUCCUGAUGCUAGUAUAGGAGGACAAGGCAUAAAAGUUAAGGGCAGUUUGACAGACCCUGAGAUAAAAGGGACCUUUGAAAGUAGCGUGAAGGGGCACACGGAUGCAGAGGGAUUUCAGGGUGUCGAGCUGAAUGUACCAAGUGCAAAGCUUAAAGCACCCCAUGCAAGUUCUUCAGAUGAGAAAACAGGAGAAAUAGGCAUGCAUACAGAUGUUGCAGUACAAAGUGCAAUGGAGUGUACUAAGGGUAAUGUAACCUUUCCCAAGAUGAAAGUGCCAAAAUUUGGAAUAGCUUUGCCCCAGGUAGAAGGAAGAGAGAUGGGUGUGGAUGUAGGGUCAGGAGAAUUAACUGCUAGUGGUAAUGUUAGUUCUAGUCUGGAGGUGCCAUGUCCAGAUUUAAAAAGCAGUGGUGGGAAAGUCAAAGUCAAAAAGCCACGAUUCUUUGGCAAGUCUAAAGCUAAGGGUGGAAGUGCAGCUGAUCUUACCUUUCAGGGACCUCAAGUUGAAGGUACAAUUGAGGGGAGUGCCAAAGUGUCUAAAGGAUUAAGUGCAAGUUCUGGGGAGCUUAUAGGUGGAAAGAUGGUAGAAGGGAGUUCUGGUUUAAAAAUUUCACCUAAGAGUAAAUCUGCUUCACUUGAUCUUUACAAGAAAUCAAGGCAUCGUUCUUCAUCACUUAGUGAUGAAGGAGAACUUGCUUCUCCAACUUCUGUUGAAGGGCAUUUAGAGACAGAAGGUGGUAACAUUUCAAUGGAUGUUGGAGGGGCCAAAGUAAAAGGCAAAAAAGGAGUGCUGAAGUUUGGCACAUUUGGUGGGUUUGGCUCAAAAUCCAAGGGUUCGUAUGAAGUAACGCUUGGAGAAGAUAGUGAAGCAAGGACUGAAGGAGCUGGAGGAGUUUCCCUUUCCAGAAAGUCUAGAGUGUCAUCAUCAUCUAGCAGUGAUAGUGUUUCAAAGGGUGGUUUUCGCUUUCCAAGGCUUGAACUUGCUGUUUCACCAAAAAAAUAAUAUGUUGUUAUAUGAUUAAAAGGCACUAAUGUUUAGCUUUUCUAUAUGCUAUUAGUUGACAUACACUCCAAAGCUUUUAUACUAGACAUCUACAUUAUAAGACUCACCUAACUACAGUGCACUGUUAUAAAUGUAGACAUUUUGUCCAAUUUCCUUUUAGCAUUCCAAAUAAUAGUCCUUUCAUUUUGCUGGGGGUACAUGUCAUGUCUUUUAACUGUAAAUAAGAGAAAUCUGUAUUGUAAUUUUCAUUAUCAUUUGUAAAUAGAAAAAAAUGAGGCUACCAUCACAUUUUCUAUCCACUACCACAGCAAUGUUGAAAUGGCAUAUUUGCAUCUGGUUUUAACACUUUGUGAUAUGAUAAUUAUAUUUUUGUAUUUGUUAAUCAUUAGGGGGAAUGGUUUCACAAGCAUCUGUCAAAAACAUUAUUUUGUGUUAUUUUACUGUUAACAGGUUGUAUGUGCCUUUCCUAUACUGUUUCAUCAAACCAAACAAACCCAGAACAUUUAAUAUAAGUGAGAUUUUAUAAUUUUGAAAUCAAGUCUGUAUAAUAUAAAAAAGUGAAUUUUUAAAAGUGACUUCAUUCAAAUGACACUUUAUAUUUUAGACCUGUAAAAAUGUAAAUAAACUGCUGAUACACUUUAA